CUCAGCAGCCACAGUAGCUGCCUGCUGUGGGAUGUGUGCGGUCUCGCAGCCCCGCCCUCAAACACUGGACACAGCUGCACAGAGAAACGGCUGCCUGUCAGGCUGACUGAGGUACGACCAACUUCACACACCAGUCCGUGUAUGAAGUCGCUGGAGGGAAGAGGAGUUUGGAUUGGAGUUAUGAGACUGGGCAUGACGGUGAGGGCCAAGCUCAGGGUGUGACCACAUCUGGCAGAGACUGCUGAAGUAAGCAGGAGCCUCAGCACAUUAAACCAUCUACUGCAGCGGGGAAAGAUGGGAGAGGCAGAGGAGGAGAGGGAUAAUGUGGGAAAGCUGUUUGAGGACUUUGUUCAGGCCUCGACCUGUAAGGGAGCCCUUCAGGCCUUCAACGUCCUCUGUAGGAGGCUGGACAUCGACCCUGCGGACAAUGACACCUUCUACAGCAGUCUGAAGGCGAAGGUCACCUCCUGGAAAGCCAACGCGCUGUGGAGUAAACUAGACAAGAGGACAUCCCAAAAGGAGUACAAGAAAGGCCAAGCCUGUAUGGACACCAAGUGCCUCAUCAUUGGAGGAGGCCCCUGUGGCCUGCGGACAGCCAUUGAGCUCGCUUUGAUGGGUGCCAAAGUGGUGGUGAUCGAGAAGAGAGACUCCUUCUCCAGGAACAACGUGCUGCACCUUUGGCCUUACACCAUUCAUGACCUACGGGGCCUCGGGGCCAAAAAGUUCUAUGGCAAAUUCUGCGCAGGAGCCAUAGACCACAUUAGUAUUCAGAAGCUGCAGCUGGUCCUACUGAAGGUCGCUCUGAUUGUUGCUGUGGAGUUUCACAUCAAUGUGGAGUUUGUGAAGCUGUUGGAACCUCCAGAGGAUCAGGAAAAUGAAGGGCUUGGGUGGAGGGCUGCAAUCCGACCUGCUGACCACCCCGUGGCUAACUUUGAGUUUGAUGUUGUGGUAGGGGCUGACGGACGCAGGAAUACUCUGGAAGGUUUCAAAAGGAAGGAGUUCAGGGGCAAACUGGCGAUAGCCAUCACAGCCAACUUCAUCAACAGGAACACCACUGCAGAGGCCAAAGUAGAAGAGAUCAGCGGCGUGGCCUUCAUCUUCAACCAGAAGUUCUUCCUUGACCUCAGAGAGGAGACAGGUAUCGAUCUGGAGAACAUUGUGUACUACAGGGACAACACGCAUUACUUUGUCAUGACUGCCAAGAAACAGAGCCUGCUGGACAAGGGAGUCCUCAUUAAUGAUUACAUCGACACCCAGAUGCUGCUGAGCAGUGAAAAUGUCAACCAGGAAGCUCUUCUGUGCUACGGCCGAGAGGCUGCUGACUUUGGCACCAACUACCAACUUCCCACGCUGGAUUUUGCCAUGAACCACUGUGGGCAGCCAGAUGUGGCAAUGUUUGACUUCACAAAAAUGUACGCCGCUGAGAACGCUGCUCUGGUCAGGGAGCGAUUUGGACACCAGCUGCUGGUAUCACUGGUUGGUGACAGUCUGCUAGAGCCCUUCUGGCCCAUGGGGACGGGUUGCGCCAGAGGCUUCCUGGCUGCCUUUGACACAGCCUGGAUGGUGAACAGCUGGGCUCAGGGUCGGACAGCUCUGGAAGUGCUGGCAGAGAGGGAGAGUAUUUACAGGCUACUUCCUCAGACAACAACUGAAAACAUUGCCAAAAACUUUGAUCAUUACACCAUAGACCCGGGGACUCGAUACCCCAACCUCAACUCCUCUUGUGUCAGGCCACACCAGGUGCGUCACUUGUUCAUCAGCAAAGAGCUGAAUUCCUGCUCUCUGGAGCGUGCUGCUACCAUCCGUCGGCCUGUCAAUCUCUGCAGACGAGAGUCAGAGAUUAGACCGGCGAGGCUGCUUACCUGGUGCCAGAAACAGACCGAGGGCUACAGGAAUGUGAAGAUAACAGACUUGACGUCUUCUUGGAAAAGCGGUAUCGCUCUCUGCGCCCUCAUCCACAGGUUCAAACCCCAGCUGAUAGAUUUUGACUCCUUAAAUGAGGAAGACCACUCUGCAAACCUCCAGCUGGCUUUUGACAUCAGUGAGCAGGAAUUUGGUAUCGGAUCAUUUACAUCUGUGAAGGAGCUGAGUCCCGAUCAGGAGCUGGAUAAGACCAGCAUGGUCACCUACCUGUUCAAGUUCUACGAGCUGUUGCGUGGCACACCUCUACCUGCCUCAGGUUCCAGAGGAGUGGAUGAAAACAAUGAAGAUUAUCCAUCUAAGGAAGUCAGAAGUAAUAAUAAUGUGCUCAACCUUGCUCUGCCCAGGAAACGGGUACCGAAGGAUGAAAAGAAGUCUGACGGUCCAGAUCCUAUUUACAAAAGGAGGCGGAAAUUCUGCAGUUAUCUGGAGGAGGCCACCAAUCUGUCAAGUAAUGGCUCUGCAGUGCGAGAGGACCGAGAGCCCAAAGAAAACAAAGUGCGCUCAAUGGCUACUCAGUUGCUGGCCAAGUUUGAAAGCACACCCAGCUACACCGUCCGGAGAAAACAGUCAGACAGUGAGAGGUCCUCCCCGCUUCAAACUCUUGACCUGGCUAAGGAUCUGCCCAUUAAACUCAGGCCUCCGGUCCCACCUAAACCUCCUCCUGAGAUGCAGUUUGAGGUCAGUAUCAGAAAAGCAGCAGAACACUUAGUGCGCCUGCCUCCAAAGACUCUGCCCAAACCUCAGCUCCAGUCUGAGUCCCAGCAUCCAUUUUCAGUAGUGAAGCUCAAACAUGUUGAUCGGAUGCUCGCUGAGACGAAGCCCCAGCCUCAGCCGGAGAGUGCAGACCAGCCUGCUUCUUCUCCCUCCUGCCACUCAGCAAUCCAUUUCAUGACAAGAGUGCUCCAGCGCCUCAGGGAGGUGGACGAACACGUCUCUGAGAAAAAAGCUCAGACACAACAGGCUAGAGAGUUUCACUCAAAGAGUAUAAAGGAAAAAGCUGUUCACCUUAGUGGGUUGAUCUCAUCAGACAGCUCGGCUGUACUCAAGGGCGGCUCGGUACGAAGGGCGUUCCCCCCGUCGGGUGACAAGUGUCACUCAUGCGAGAGGCGUGUUUAUAUGGUGGAGAGGGUCUGUGCCGAGGGGCUCUACUUCCACAGGGAGUGUUUCCGCUGUUCCACCUGCAGCUCUGCCCUGCGACAGGGAGCACAUGCCUUCGACUCUGAACAGGGAAAAUUGUACUGCAAACUUCAUUUUGAUCAACGCAACAAUGGGACAAACCUACAGAGGACAUUUUCUCUGCGCUCAACUCGAGCUGGAGCUCAGGAACGAUGUGUUGAUGAUGGACAGAGCUUGGAGUCCAGCAGCACAGCAGACUUGCCGAGUCAAUCCUCAGCAGGUAUCUUCAGCUCGUUCAUGAGGAAGCACCUGAACCGGCCUCUGAGUGUGAUUCGUGCUGUGUGUAACACCCCCUGGUAUCUGUCCCAUCGUGUGUGUAGUACAGCACAAGCCCUCGCCGGCUACCUGAGGGACAAUGCCCAGACUAUGCGUUCCUCGUACGAGCUACUGAGUAUGAGCUUGCCCCUGCUGCUUGUUCUACAAGAGGUACUACUGCAGAUGUACACAGAGGCUGUAGCUGAUGAGCCCAGCUCUCUACAGCCUCUACUGCUGUGGCUGCAGGAGCAUAUAGGGCACACACUCAUCUAGACACUCAGCAGACUCCAGCUGUUAAUAUUUGACUGCAAAGGCCAUUAAAUAUGGUCCACAUUAGCAGGAGUGUUUUUGUCAGAAUACCAUUUGUAGCCGUGCACAAGCACCUCUUUUUGUAUUGUUUACUUUCCUUUUGAUGAUGAUACUGCUCUCGGUGUCUUGGAUGUACUCGUACAUCAGUCAAAGAAGAGACACUGUAGGUUGCUCAUGCUACUUUUUUGCAAAUGACCACAGGGGUUAAUGAAAGCUGCACCAAAUAUGUUUGCCUUUGGUUUGAUGUGGAAGCUGCACAUACUUUGCACAGUUAGAAUAAGGUAAACAAAUAGAUUUAAGGUAGUUAGAAUGAAAGUAAAACAGGCCACAGUCGGUCCACUUGGUACUGCUGAGUUCAUCUUUGCUGUAGAACUUUUUACAAACUGUCUUGGAAAAUGGACCCUGCAGUUAAAAUGGCGUAACUCAGGUUAUGACUGACUAAAUUGAUGCACUUUAUCUUUGGGAACUGCCUCGUCUGUGCAGCAGUAAACUGUCACAUUAAAAAGCCAGCAAUCACGUUAAUGCUGACCACCAGACAGGUUUUCUUUUGACUAUACAUAUGUGCUUUUGCCCUUUUUUCUUGAAUGUCUGUGUUUUAUGCACAACAAUUUGUUCAUUAUUAUUUUAUACUUUCACCAUUCAGUUUACUUUCAUGAGCAGUUUUUAUUGAUUCUUGAAUAGUUAAUGCCAAAGAAUCUCUGAGUCUCUCUCUCAGUUUUUAGUUCUACUUUGCUGCCAUCUACUGUUGACUUUCAAAAAGACUAUGAAAACCAAAUGAGAUUCCCCGCCCCUUAAUUUAAAAAAAAAAACUCUAAUGAUACAAUACAGACGAUUACGUUUCAAGUUAUUGAUUCAUGAUUGAUUUUCUGAUUUACUGUAGUCAAUAGAAGCUGGUGAGCGUGCUGUGAUGUGUUUGAAUGUGCUUGCCACUCUUAAAGCAUGUUGUUGCCUCUUUAACUGGAAGCUACAGUCGCUUCCUAUUCAGAUACACUAAUCGAAUGAUACUUAUGAAGCAUCAUUCGAUGUUGAUUUAAUAUUUGAAAAUGAUAUUUGCAAAGACUUCAGGCAUUAUUUUAAGUGUUUACAGCAUGCUGUGCUGGAUAUGAUGAUUUGUCAGCUCCAUAAUGUUUCAUGUUAAUUUACUAUAUCUGCUGCAUGCAAUAUGAGCUGGUUGACAGAGAUACCAAAGAACUGUUCUCACACACUGA